ACUUGGCAGAGUGAUCUUCUGAAGAGCUGCAUCAGUGACGAUGAAAUAAAAAUACUGACAAAAUAUAUAUUUUUAUGAAAGACAGAUUCGGCCAACUGCAGGAUACGUUGGACAAGCCUGGAGGAAGAGGAGGAGGAGGUUAUACCAACAAGGCCUUCUCCACUGUGGAUCUGGACCUAGAUGACCUGUCUGCCCAUUUGGGCAGCAACCAUGCAACAGUGGCGCCUGACAACAACCCUGAGCUGAACAGCAUCCUCCAGGAGGCCCAGCAUGUUCGGCAGGAGAUCCAACAGAUCCAGGAAGACCAUGCCCAGCUCAGGGAGCAGAACUACCACGCCUUGAACAAUACAUUGAUGGACGACACCAGUGAGGUGAUCCGGGACGCCAACAACAUCUCAGCAGACAUCAAGGCCAGAGGAGAGGCCGUGUUGCAGAGGCUACACAGGAUGAACAAGGAGACCAGGAAGCUGGAGGUUCAGCGAGGUAGCACUAACCACGUGGUACGCAUCGCCCGGACGCAGUACACCAACCUGAGCACCACCUUCAGAGAAGUGAUGUUCAACUACAAUGAGACAGAGCUGGGACACAGGGAGAACUGUAAGAGACUGAUCCAGAGACAGAUGGCGAUUGUGGGCAGAGACGUCACGUCUGAGGAGGUCGAGGAGAUGAUGGAGAGCGGGCAGCAGUUCAAUAUCUUUAACGCCCUGACUGAUGGGAAGACGGCCCAGUCGGCACUGACGCAGAUCGCUAGUAGACACAAAGAGCUGCUAGACCUGGAGAAGAGGAUCCAGGGGGUUCAGGAGCUGUUUCUGGAUGUGGCUGUGCUGACAGAGGAACAGGGAGCGGUGCUCAACAACAUCGAGACCAACGUACAAAAGACAGAGGCAACUAUCGCAGGUGCCAGCGUUAAACUGAACAAAGCCAAGAGAUAUGACAAGAACAAUCCCAUCAAGAAACUGUUCUGUUGCUGCUUUCCAUGUUGCAAAUGAUUGUAUGUCUCAUCUGAUACAUUGUGUGUGUUAUCCAUUAUUUUGAUAUUAAUGUAAAUAAUAAGAUUGUUUAAGAAAGCAGACUUUGCAAUGGGACUGGGAGGUAGGCCUACAAUAAGGCCAGGUGUCGAUGGAUAACCAUUUCCAGGAGGUUAAUACUGUAUGAGGGAUGUGUAGAAGGGCCUAAAACCCCUCUUUGGACUACCAACCAACCACACUUUCAAUCAAAAGAACAUUGCAUUGAGUUUGCAGAGAGUCUGAACUCUUUCUAUUCUAGGUUUGAUCAUCUGCACUUUAGUCCUGAGAAGGAUGGGCUGCUGUGUGAACUCUUAUCAUUAGCACAAGGGGAAGCUGAUUUGGUAAUAGAGGAAGCAGAUGUUGAUAGGGUUUUAAAAUGAAUAGCAGUAAACAAAGCCACUGGCCCAGGUAACAUUAGUAACCAUGUUCUGAAGUCCUGUCACAAGGAAUUGUCAGGUGUGUUCUGUGAGCUGUUCAAUCGCUCACUGAGAGAGCAUACGGUACCAGCUCUGUGGAAAUCAUCCAAUGUAUGCCCAGUGCCCAAGAAGAGCUGCCCUGCUAUCCUCAAUGAUUACUGCCCUGUUGCACCUGUCAUAGUGAAACGUUUUGAGCGUUUGGUUCUCUCCCACAUACAAAACAAGGUUUGAGACAUAGUAGAUCCCUUUCAAUUUGCCUACAAGCAACAAAGAGGAGUGGACGAUGCUGUUCUGUACCUACUGUUUCAGUCACAUCUUGAGAAGCCUAAGUCCUAUGCCCGGAUGGUGUUUGUGGACUUUUCCAGUGCUUUUAACACUAUACAGCCACAUCUAAUUGAACAGAAACGUUUGACUAUGAACCAAAACGUGGAUUCUAUAUUUUUGGUCAAAUAGUCUGCAAUGGGUGAGAUUCAACAGUGAGUGCAGCACAUUUCCACUAGAACACCACAGGGCUCAGUCAUCUCUCCUGUCCUAUUUACACUAUACGGAUGACUGUAGGAGCACCUGCCCUGAGACAACUUAGAUCAAAUACACAGAUGACACUGUUAUUCUUGACACAUCCAACUCUGAUGCCCUAAUUAAGUCCAUAGUGGACAAGUUUGACCUCUGGUGCAAGGAGAACUUCCUAGAUCUGAAUGCCACCAAGACCAAAGACCUUGUCAUAAACUUUAGGAAGGAAACAUCAGCUCCAAAGGCAAUCACCAUCGGUGACCAGAGCAUUGAACAGGUGGAUGAGAAUAAGUACCUUGACAACAAGCUAAACUUUGGAGCCAACUGUGGGCAAGUGUUAGUCUCCUGAGUGGCGCAGUGGUCUAAGGCACUGCAUCGCAGUGCUAGCUGUGCCACUAGAGAUCCUGGUUCA